UCUUCUCUUCUAUUCGUCAGCCGAGGCUCUCGGGGGAAGCGGCCGCCGCGUAACGUCUCGGGGAGAGACCCUCCGAAACGGGCCGAACCUGGCCAAGAAGGGGCAAGUUUACAAAGGAGAGAUCGCGUGUCUUUCUUAAAGCUGCAAUAUUUGCUGAGGCUCAUGAGCUCCGGAAAGGAGUGCGCAAUGGUGGCGCUGGCGAAUGCCGGAGGAAGUCGCGCUGUCUCCGCUGCCACCAUCGGCUCGGCAGCGUGAGAGCGAAGCAAGGGCUCCCUUCUGCCCUCCCGCCCGAUUCCCAAGAAGGCAGGAUUUUUGCAGGAAAAAAACCAGGUCUGGAGGCAAUGGCAGCAUCUGCGUGAAAGCCCCGUGGUGGGCGGGAGAGUCGAAGGCCGAGAGAGACGCUGCUGCAGAAAUAAAAUAAAAAUAAAAGCAAGCCCCGUCGGCAUGAGCGACGGCAGCGAAGGAGAGACCAUCAGCUUCUUCGUGCCAAGCAUGAUCGACAGGGGUUGCCCGCUGCUCUACGAAGACGGGCUCGGCAGGAGAGCACCCGCAGCAAGCGAGGAAACGGCCCGCGGGUUCUCGACCGUCCCGGUAGCCCCGCCCGCCGGCACUUUUUGGAACGAUGAGAGCAGCGCCUCCUGUCCGGCCACCGAGGCAACAAACCGGGUCAAAAGCGGCGCGGGUGGCGGCGGCAGCAGCCGGAGGACCACGGUCUCGUACGUGAUCAACGAGGCGAGUCCGGGGCUGCUGCAGGCGGCGGAGAGCGGGGCCCUGCAGAGUCUCCGGGAGGCCUGCGAGGCGGUUGGCGCCGAUCUGCAAACUCUGCAUUUCGGCAAACUGGACUUCGGGGAGACGUCGGUACUCGACCGUUUUUACAACGCGGAUAUUGCUGUGGUGGAAAUGAGCGAUGCUUUCCGUCAGCCCUCCCUCUUCUAUCAUCUGGGAGUUCGAGAGAGCUUCAGUAUGGCCAACAACAUUAUUCUCUACUGUGAUACAAACACAGAUUCUCUGCAAUCACUGAAGGAAAUUAUCUGCCAGAAGAAUAAUAUGUGCACUGGCAAUUAUAUAUUUGUUCCAUAUAUGAUAACUCCCCAUAACAAAGUCUAUUGCUGUGACAGCAGUUUCAUGAAGGGAUUGACUGAAUUGAUGCAACCCAACUUUGAACUGUUGCUGGGACCAAUAUGCUUACCCUUAGUUGACCGCUUUAUUCAGCUCUUGAAGAUGGCACAAGGCAGCUCAAGCCAAUACUUCAGGGAAUCAAUUCUUAAUGAUAUCAGAAAAGCUCGUAACUUGUACACUGGGAAGGAAUUAGCUGCAGAAUUAGCCAGGAUAAGACAAAGGGUGGAUAACAUUGAGCUUUUGUCUGCUGACAUCGUGAUAAACCUGCUGUUAUCUUACAGGGAUAUUCAGGAUUAUGAUUCUAUUGUCAAAUUGGUAGAGGCAUUAGAAAAACUUCCAACCUUUGACUUGGCUUUGCAUCAUCAUGUGAAAUUUCAUUAUGCAUUUGCACUGAAUAGACGAAAUCUACCUGGUGACAGGCAGAAAGCUCUAGAUAUCAUGAUACCUCUAGUGGAGCAGGAGAGCCAAGUUGCUUCUGAUAUGUACUGUCUUGUGGGGCGAAUUUAUAAAGAUAUGUUCUUGGAUUCUGGGUUUACAGACACUGAAAGUCGAGAUCAAGGAGCUUUGUGGUUCAAGAAGGCAUUUGAGUCAGAACCAUCAUUGCAGUCAGGAAUUAAUUAUGCAGUCCUCCUCUUGGCUGCUGGGCAUCAGUUUGAUACCUCUUUUGAAUUACGGAAAGUUGGAGUUAAAAUAAGCAGCCUACUUGGGAAGAAAGGAAACUUGGAGAAAUUGCAAAGUUAUUGGGAAGUAGGCUUUUUCCUGGGAGCCAGCGUCUUGGCAAACGAUCACACGAGAGUGAUCCAUGCCUCAGAAAAGCUAUUCAAGUUGAAGACACCAGCAUGGUAUCUUAAGUCCAUUGUGGAAACCAUUUUGAUAUAUCAGCACUUUAAGAAGCUAAAUCCAGAUCAACAAGUAGGCAAAAAUGAACUUGUAGACUUUUGGAUGGAUUUUCUAGUUGAGGCUACAAAGACGGAUGUCUCUGUAGUUAGAUUUCCCGUUUUGAUAUUGGAACCUACAAAAAUCUAUCAACCUUCGUACUUGUCGAUAAAUAGUGAAGCUGAAGAGAAGACAGUCUCUAUUUGGCAUGUUAUGCCUGAUGAUAAGAAAGGUAUUCAUGAAUGGAACUUCAGUGCUGAAUCUAUAAGAGGAGUAAGCAUUUCAAAAUUUGAAGAACGAUGCUGUUUCCUGUAUGUACUACACAAUUCAGAUGACUUCCAAAUCUAUUUCUGUACAGAACAUCACUGCAAAAAAUUUUUUGAAAUGGUUAAUAGCAUCACUGAAGAAAUAGGAAAAAACACAGAGGAAGGUGAAUGUGAUGAUUCUCUGGAGUAUGAUUAUGAAUAUGAUGAAAAUGGUGAUCGAGUCAUUCUGGGGAAAGGCACUUAUGGCAUAGUUUAUGCAGGACGAGAUCUGAGCAAUCAAGUCAGAAUUGCCAUAAAAGAAAUCCCAGAAAGAGAUAGCAGGUAUUCUCAGCCUUUACAUGAAGAAAUAGCUUUACACAAACACCUCAAACACAAGAACAUUGUUCAGUAUCUUGGUUCAUUUAGUGAAGAUGGAUUUAUUAAAAUAUUCAUGGAACAGGUACCAGGAGGCAGCCUUUCAGCUCUUCUGCGAUCAAAAUGGGGACCAUUGAAAGAUAAUGAACAGACAAUUGGUUUCUACACCAAACAGAUUCUUGAAGGAUUAAAAUACCUCCAUGAUAAUCAAAUUGUGCAUAGAGAUAUAAAGGGGGAUAAUGUUCUUAUCAACACAUACAGUGGAGUGUUAAAGAUUUCAGAUUUUGGCACAUCAAAGAGGCUUGCUGGAAUCAAUCCUUGCACUGAGACUUUCACAGGUACUCUUCAGUAUAUGGCACCAGAAAUAAUUGAUAAAGGACCAAGAGGUUAUGGAAAGGCUGCAGAUAUCUGGUCCUUAGGCUGUACAAUUAUUGAAAUGGCCACAGGAAAGCCUCCAUUUUAUGAACUAGGAGAACCACAAGCAGCCAUGUUUAAGGUUGGAAUGUUCAAAAUACAUCCUGAGAUUCCAGAAUCCAUGUCAGUGGAGGCAAAAGCUUUUUUGCUGAGGUGCUUUGAACCUGAUCCAGACAAGAGGACCUGUGCUAAUGAGCUUCUUGUAGAUGAGUUCUUAAAAGUCACCAGCAAAAAAAGAAAGUCACAGUCAAAACUAACAGCUCUGACAGCUGGAUCAAAUGAAUAUCUUCGAAGCAUAUCCUUGCCUGUUCCUGUUCUUGUAGAAGACACAAGCAGUAGCAGUGAAUAUGGUUCAGUUUCACCUGACAAUGAGUUGAAACUUGAUCCCUUCUCCUUUAAAAUGAGAGCCAAAUCCUGUGGUGAUAAGGAAGGGAAAGGACUAAGGUCUCUUUUCCUAAGCAUCCCAGAUGAGAAUUUUGAGGAUCACAGUGCUCCUCCUUCACCAGAAGAGAAGGAUUCUGGCUUUUUUAUGCUAAAAAAGGACAGUGAACGAAGAGCUACCCUUCACAGAAUUCUAACAGAAGACCAGGAUAAGGUAGUGAGAAAUCUGAUGGAAGCCUUAGCUCAGGGUCCUGAAGAGCUUAAGUUGAAAUGGGAACACAUUACAACUUUAGUUGCUAGCCUCCGAGAAUUUGUAAGAUCUACAGAUCGCAAAAUCAUUGCAAAUACACUUUCAAAGCUGAAACUGGAGCUGGACUUCGACAGUCAUGGCAUUAGCCAAGUUCAGUUAGUACUCUUUGGUUUCCAAGAUGCAGUGAAUAAAGUUCUACGAACCCACAAUAUUAAACCACAUUGGAUGUUUGCACUGGAUAGCAUAAUCCGCAAAGCUGUGCAGACGGCUAUUACUAUUUUAGUACCUGAGUUGAGGACGCACUUCAGCUUAGCAUCUGAGAGUGAUAAUGCAGAUCAAGAUGAGAUUGAAGCUGAAGAGGAACAUGCUCCUGACCCAGCAGUUCAAGGUCCUUGCCUUGUAUUGGAUGAUGCAGUAGCUACCUCAGGAGUGAGCACCCUUAGUUCAACAGUAUCUCAUGAUUCUCAGGCUGCCCAGAGAUCUCUCAAUGUUCAACUUGGGAGGCUGAAAUUGGAAACUAAUAGAUUACUAGAAGAGCUAGUGCAGAAGGAAAGAGAAUUUCAAGCCCUCUUGCACCAUGCUAUAGAAGAAAAAGAAAAGGAGAUCAAACAUCUAAAGCUUAAGACUCAACCAUUAGAUAUUCCUGGCUUGUCUGUUUCUCACUUUAGUACACAGGACAGAGGAAUUGAGGAUCCAGAUCUUAUUAAUUGGCUGAGAAUUCAUGGUGCUGACAAAGAAACUAUAAACAGGUUUCUAGCAGAAGAAUAUACACUGACGGAUGUACUCUGCUAUGUUACCAGAGAUGAUUUAAAAUGCCUUAGACUCAGAGGUGGGAUUAUAUGCACGUUGUGGAAGGCAAUCUCUGAUUUUCGAGAAAAGGACACUUGCCCCUGAGCAGAAGCAAUCUUCCAUCUCAACACAGAACAGGAUGUUUCCUGCAGGAUUCCCCCCCCCCUUCAAAGAUGCUAUUGCACUUUAAUCCAGUAUUUGUUUACUGUUGCUAAAGAACACUUUCAGCAGCUUUCUGGCUGCAACUAUUCCUAUUUUUCUUGAAAAAUUGGUCUCCCAACAUUAAAUAUUAUUUUAUCUUAAAUAUUUUCAGGAAUCUUCUCCUUUUCUAACAUAAUAUUUAACAAAAUUAGUCCUAUCCAGAUUAUUCGCCAUAUUCACAUAACAUGAGAAUAUUAACCAAGGGAAUCCUGAGGUACUUAAUUGAAACCCCUACACCAGAUGUGCAUGAUCAUUAGUCGCUGCAUAGAGCAGGGGUGUCAAACUCAUGUUGUCAGGGCGGCAUCACAUGACAUAUCGGGACUUUUCCCCCCUUUGCUA